UAACGUGCAAAGCGCGUUUGCAGCAAUAUUCGCGUUAAUACGGUACCGUAAGUAGACAAGCCAAGCUUUAGGGCGCGCUAGCUGGCUGUAGCCGCUGUCUGCGUCUUGUGCGCCAAUGUGCGUCUUGUUGUCGGUACAGAACCUUCUGCCAAUGGAAUACAUGCAUAAAAAUAUUAUACAGCAUUGUGUGAACGUUUGAGCUCUAGAUUUAGACGCCGGUGAUACGUACAGAAACAAGAGCAGUAUGUCUUGUUUUGUGAUGUCGUUUCAGACACAACUCGCCUCCGUCAUGGAGAUCUUGGUGAAAGCGGCUAUUGGCGAGGUAACCAAAAUCGUGGAGGGCAGCUUCGCUGACUUACAGGCUGAAAUCGAGGAGCGGAAGAAGGAAAACGAGUCCCUGAAACUGAAGAUGUUGGUGAAGGAGACGGAAUGGAGAACGGAACGCGCAUACGGAGCGAAGAGCGCAGGCAGUCACGGCAGCAGUGCGAGCCGCCGCUCCGUGGGAGUGCAGGUAUACGGGGGCGACAAACAAGGAAACGCCAGAACCACUGGCGGCGCAGACACAGAUCUGGGUGAGGAGAAGUUCUUCAGCACAGACUGGAGCUGCAGUGUGUGGAAACCCAAACACUCAAGUGGCAUAGCUGACCCUGGGCUGUGUGAAACCUUCACUGUGGACAGAGCAGAGGUGGAGUGUAUCGUCAUUAAAGAGGAGUGCGCAGACCUGGAGGUGGCGGAGCGUCCUGUGGAGCGUGACUGCGCCGUGCAGCAGCAGCAGGAAGCACAGCGGCUCUCUGGGAAAAGGGGCGCUGUGGAGGCGUGUGCGCUUCCUGCUGCUGUGGAGGGCUCUCCCGUUCAGCAGCGGUGCUGUAAGGACCACUGGGGCCCCAGUCUGAGGCAGAACCCGCAGCUCUCCCCUGCGGCCAGGGACAGUCGGCCUGCGGGGGGCGCCGGCGGGCCGGACGCCGGCACGGGCGAGGACAGCGCGCAGGCGUUCGGCGCUCUGGGGCCCUGCGGCGUCGGCGAGGGCCUGGGCGAGCUCGACUUCAUCAUGACGCCGGAGCAGGCGGGCAGCUGGGACGGCGAGCUGGAGCGCGUCCCGGUCCCGGAGAACGAGGGGGGGGCGGGGGGGGCCUGCGGCGCCGAGCUGCAGGGCCCGCGGCUCCACCACAGCUCCCCGAAACACAAGCCCACUGGGGACAAGCUGCACUGGGCCUGCGCUGGGGGAGCGUACCCGGGCGCCGACAGCGGUACAGCACAGCAGGCUGCGUUCAGCGAGGACAGCGUGGCUCCACAGUGGCCCGAGCAGUACGGAGAGGACUUCCAAAGGGCCGAGGAGGUGCAAGAACACAGGCUCAACCUGACGUUCGCCAUGGAGAUGAAAAGGAGUCCAAAGUUCGACAGCCUGAAGUUUCAACAGCCAGGGCCACAACAGGCCUCCUCCAGCCUGUACCUCUCACCAGCGGCGAGCGAGAGCUCGGCAUCGGGAGGAGGUUCUCAAGGUCUCAAUCAAUGCGGAGUGUGUGGAAAGACCUUCAGCACACAGUGGACCCUCAAGACACACCAGCGCAUUCACACCGGAGAGAGACCAUACAUCUGCAUGGUGUGUGGGAGGGCUUUUCAAAAUCUGGACAACCUAAAAACCCAUCAGCUGGUUCACACCGGGGAAAGACCCUUUGGCUGUCCUUUGUGUGGGAAGAGGUUCAGCCUCUUGAGAAAUCUGAAAACGCACCAGAGAACGCACACAGGAGAGAAACCGUACAAAUGCUCCGAGUGCGGGAGAACAUUCGGUCAUCUGCAAAGCCUGGAAACCCAUCAGCGUAUUCACACUGGAGAAAAACCAUACUCCUGUACUCACUGUGGAAAGAAUUUCAGUAUUGCGCAAAAUCUAAAAACGCACAUGCGGAUCCACACUGGAGAGAAACCCUACUGCUGCACCCAGUGUGGGAAGUGCUUCAGUCAGUUAGGGAAUCUAAGAACCCACCAGCGCACCCACACUGGAGAGAGACCGUACUGCUGCAAUCAAUGUGGCAAGAGCUUCAGUCUCUUACAAAACCUGAAAACACACCAGAGAAUUCACAGUGGGAACAGAGCAUAG